AUGAAGCUUUCUCUACGAUUAUUAUAUGCAUCGCCUUCGGCGGCAGGUACUGGAAAGGGGUUUAGGCCUGCGCCGAUGGCUUUGUUGCCUCCGAUUCCAUUGUAUAGAAGGUUGUUUAGGGCGCAUAGGAAACAUUUGCCGCGGGAGAUGAGGUUAUUGGGGGAUGAGUAUAUCAAGAAUGAGUUUAGACAGCAUAGGGAGGUGGAAAAUCCGGUGCAUAUUAUUGGCUUCUUAACGGAGUGGCAGAUGUAUGCACAGAAGCUCGAGGGGGAGAGUUGGAUUGGGGAACGCAUGGAUAAAGAGAAGAUUGAUAAGAUGAGUGAUCAGCAAUUGGGGCAAAUGUAUGAGCUCAUGCAAGCGAUACGAAAGAAGCAAUUAGAGGAAAGUGGCGAGAAUUCUGCACCCGAACAGCUGUGA